AUGACACCGUAUGAGGCUCUAUAUGGUUGCAAGUUUCGUUCACCAGUUGGAUGGUUUGAGCCCGGUGAAACGCAGUUAUUAGGUCCAGAUUUAGUUCAGCAAGCAUUGGACGAGGUUGUAGUAAUACGGGACCGACUUAAGACGUCACAAAGUAGGCAGAAGUCCUAUGCAAAUAAGAGGGUCCUUGAUUUGGAGUUUGAAAGGGGGGAGAAAGUUUUUUUGAAAUUUUCUCCCAUGAAAGGAGUCAUGAGAUUUGGCCGGAAAGGUAAGCUAAGUCCUAGAUACAUUGGUCCUUAUGAUAUUUUAGACCGAAUUAGAUUGGUGGCAUGUAGGAUUGCUUUACCUUUGAGAUUGUCUGCAGUUCAUCUUGUGUUUCACGUGUUGAUGCUUAGAAGAUGUGUUCGUGAUGAUAGUCAUAAUAUCCAUCCGGAGGAUGUAGAGCUUGAUGAGAAUCUGACUUAUGAGGAAAGCCCGAUAGCUAUUCUUGAUAGGCAAGUGCGACAGUUAAAAUCGAAAAAAAUAGCUUCAAUCAAGGUAUUAUGGCGUAAUCAUCCAACCGAGGAGGCUACUUGA